UUGUUGCCUGUUUUAUUGGGAGCGGCAAGAAGCUGCUAGAAAAUGUCUCCUGCUCGCUGUGUUUGAAAGAUGCUAUAAAAGCACCCUAAAACUCAGUGCUGUUGUUAAAUGGUUGGACUUCAAGCUUCUUGGAAGUGUUGCCUGUCAAUAGGACCUCUUGGAGCAAACUGUAGCUUGUCUCCUGAGCUCUGUGCUGCUGCCAGGUGCCUUUGUAGUGCCUGGCUGCAGUGGUUUGAUCUUUCCUGGCAGCUUGUGUGGCCACUUUGUUCGCUGGCAGCUGGUGCCCUGCAAGGGCAGCCAGCGUAUCAUAUCUGCACUUCUCUCUGCAGCUGCUGCACAAAGCAGAGCUUUUUGCAUCUUCUGCGAUCUGCAUUGGAAACCACUUCUUCAGGGGCUACCUGCUGUUUGGGCUGUCCAACACUCUGCUUUGCGUGCAGCUCUCAGAUCAGAUUAGGCCUUGUGGUGAUGCAGUAGGUACUGAGAACUGCUGUGCCACCCUGGUUUUUGCUUACAGAUGCAGUUUCUGUUGCGGCUGUGCCAGACCUUGCUUUGCAGCCACACUGAUAGUUCCUUGCCCAUGAUGACUGUGGUCAUUCUCUGUCACACCAGGAGACAUCCAGCCAGAGGAGGAGCUGCUCUCUGUAUCAGCUCCUUCAUCCCUUCUGGUAUGGUCAUGCCAGAGCCCCUUCAGACUCCCACAUCAUAAGCCUGUGCCUCAGGUCUCCUAUACUGGUUGCUCCAGUGCCCACCAGCCCUUCCCACUUCACUAGAACCAGUGAGACUUGUGUCUACAUGUCCCCUCAGCAGCCCUUCACACCUUGUGUCCCUGUGAACUCCCACCAGCCUUUCCCACCUUACUGGUAUCAGCAGGGCUCUGUCCCUCCAGGCACCAGCUGUGAUGCCAUCCCCUUCUCAUUCCACUGCUGCCAUGGCCACCAAGCAGAAGGCCCAGCAGGACGGGAGUGCUGGGGCAAGGGGUAGAAAUGUUGAGGUUGCCCUCCCUGUUGGGACUACUGAUGUUGCUGGCAUCCUCUGCUGCGCCACCAGUGCCUCCCGUGGGCAGCCCCCUAUCCGACGGUGAGUACCAGCUCUUCUUCUCCAGCCUGUGGCCAACCUGGAAGGCCCAAGCAUCCUGCCACCUACGACAGACCUUCGGCUGCCUCAGCCCUGCAGUCCUGCGGCUGGACGAGCAGGAGAACCAUGGCCAGGUCCCCGAAGGACCUGUCUGCUCUGCCUUCCCUGAGGCACCAUGGUUUCAGACCUUCUGCCAGUUCGCCCAGUAUCGCUGCUCCAAGCGCAAAUUCUAUGUAAAGCGAAUCCCAUGUCCAAGUUUUAUUCCAAAAGGCCUUCAGCAGCAACCUUACGAUGCGGACUUCUGGACAAAAGAUGGAAGCUCUCCUACAGAAGCAGCACCAGAGAAGCGGCCUCUUUCUCCUGCUGACCGCCACCUGCACUCCAACGUGGACAUGCUCCUGAAGUACUCCUAUGCACUGUCAAGUCAGAAACCACAGAUGCAGAAGAUCCCACCAGCCAUGCCAGUAUUGCCCAGACCCGUGAAUGACAAGGGCCCAGCUGUACCACCAACUGUCAAGCCGGUCCCACUUGCCCCUGCCCCCUUGCAACCCCAUGCCUGGGCAGAGAGCACUUGGGAGCACCGCCUGCAGCGUGGCGUCUGGCAGCUCAUCAGUACGGCGCUCUCCCUGGAGACCCAGGCUGGCACAGAGGUCCCUGCCACCGCUUCAGAACUGGGGAGCAUGACCAGCGGCACAAAGGAGAGCAUGAAGAACAUGGCCCUCCCUGGCAGUCUUCUUGCCCUGAAGAGGAAGGAAGCAGUGAUGAUCCUGUGCUAUGCAGUGCUGGAGGGAGUCUGUGUCUCCUCAGUUGUCACCCUGGCAUGGAAGGAGUUGGAAGAAAAAAUCCUUGGGUUUGGAAAUUCGGUGUGUGACAGCCUUGGGCGGCGUCAUGUGGACCUAUGCCCUACCUGUGCUUUCUGCUCACUGAAAAUGGAGCAGUGCCAGAGCAUCUACAAUCUGAGGCGCGUUCACUGCAAGUCAGGUGGCUUCAUCGCAUACAUCAACCCUCAGAUCUCAGCCCAGCAUCAGGCUGCAGGCAACAAGACCAGCUUCCCAGAGUCCUCGGAGUACUUUGGCACACAGGUUUACAGAGGCCUGCGACCAGAGUACUGGUGCAGUCUGAUAGCCACCCAGGGCUGCGAUGACCCUCGUGUGAUGCUCUGGCUGCAGGCAGAAUAUACAACCUUCCGAGCGGGGGAUCUCCCAAGCAAGGUGAUUCGCCGUGGCUGCUUCACAAACCAGACCUACCACGUUCUGAGUGAGGAAGAGGGAAAGGAGGAAGUAAGGCGCUGGCACCAGAGGUUCCUCAGCCUCAAUGAAGGAUGAAGUGCAGUAGUGGGCAACAUACAAGGGGUGCAGGACAGCAGAGGAGGCUGAGUGGAAUUGUGGCAGUGCGGAGAACCCAAACAGCUCUUUCCAGGCUCCAUGUCAGCCAGUCAGCUGUCUGUGGUCACUGAGCACCUACUCUGCAUCCUUGACACCAGCACAUCAGGAGGGGAGCUGCAUCCAACAGCAUUUCACCUUGUUGCCCACUGAAACUCCUCUUGAAAAGGUUUUCUCCAGAUGGAGCCUGGGAAAGGUGCUGGCCCCAGUAUAUGGAUUUAGAACCACCUGCAUGAAGUCCCCAGGAACCCUUAGCCUUCCUGACCCUGCCCGCUUACAUCAAUCAGUAGCAUUAUCAAGGCUGAAUGGUAUUUUAUAAAGAGCCCAUAAACCUGAUUUGCUCCUUUC